UUGCCUACUCAGUGAAGCACCUCAGUCUUACAAAACUAAGUGCUCUGCAAGUCUUGUGCCAUCAGCUUUCUUGUGAAGCCGUCAGUUGGGUUGCAUGCUCAUAACUGUCUCUUGUAUUUUCAGACUCAAGUAGGGGAAUUUCUUGGGGAAAGCAACAAGUUUAACAAGGAAGUGAUGUAUGCCUACGUGGAUCAACUAGAUUUCUGUGGGAAAGACUUUGUCUCCGCUCUCCGUAUAUUUCUGGAAGGCUUCCGGCUGCCUGGUGAAGCCCAGAAGAUUGAUAGAUUAAUGGAGAAGUUUGCUGCUAGAUAUAUUGAAUGCAACCAACGGCAAACACUGUUUGCUAGUGCUGACACUGCCUACGUUCUGGCAUACUCUAUUAUAAUGCUGACUACAGACUUGCACAGUCCACAG